UUUAAAUAAACACCAGUGUUUUCGUGUUCUCGUGACCACUUUUCUUACCCUGUUCUUCCUGAAGCUGAGGAAACAUUAAAUAAGCACCAUGAGUACGGACAAAUAUCCCAGGUCGUCAAUUGAAGACGACUUUAACUAUGGCACUAAUGUUGCUACAGCCAGUGUUCAGAUACGAAUGGACUUCCUGAGAAAGGUGUACAGCCUCCUCAGCCUGCAGAUCAUUCUGACUACAGCUACCUCUGCUCUCUUCAUGUUCUCUCAAACCAUCAAGGAGUUUGUCCACGCCAGUCCCGUGGUGGUUUUGGUCCCAGCACUGGGUUCUCUGAUUCUUCUUGUGGCCUUGGCCGUGUAUAGACACAAACAUCCAGUCAACCUCUACCUGCUGCUUGUAUUUACUCUGUUGGAGGCGGUUUCUGUGGCCACUGCUGUGACCUUCUAUGACUACUCCACUGUACUGCAAGCCUUGUUCCUGACCUGUGCGGUCUUUGCUGGACUGACGGCCUUCACCUUCCAGUCCAAAAGAGACUUCAGCAGAUUGGGAGUAGGUCUAUUCGCCUGCCUCUGGAUCCUCAUCAUCGCAAGCUUCAUGAGGUUCUUCUUCAACAGUGACGCCAUAGAGCUGGCCAUGUCUGCCGCCGGUGCUCUGGUCUUCUGUGGCUUCAUCAUCUAUGACACGCACCUGCUGAUGAAGCAGCUGUCCCCCGAGGAGCACAUCCUGGCCUCCAUCAACCUCUACCUGGACAUUGUCAACCUCUUCCUGCACAUCCUGCGUAUCCUUGACUCUCUGAAGAAGCACUGAGGACGGCUGCUUCAGACUCUCUGGAAGGCCAUGUCAUCAUCAUAUUCUUCUUCUUCUGUGGGAUUUAACGGCAUAUUGCAUUCAUGGUGUUACACUACUGCCACCUCUGGAGUUACAAAGCUCUUUCAUGACCCAGUCCAUCAUAUUCUUUCUCUCUUCUCAUUGUCUGUCCUCAUGCCAUGUUGUCUCAUUUGUUGCAUACUAUGGUUAAUUUCCCCCAAUUAUUUCUGAUAGCUGAUUGUGCUUUUGUAACAAAUUAAGGAUAUUUAUAUUGAUGAAGUGUUUAAAGUAAAGUUCACACGAUGCUGUAAAUGUGUGUGUGCAGGUACAUGUGUUUAUUGUAUGUUGUGGAUUAGUGAACAUCUUUGAAAAUUCGACCAAAAGGGAAAUAUCACAGGGAAUGAUGAGUGAUAAAACCAGGCUUAAUUAAGCUUGGCUUUAUUUCUACAGGUUGAACCCUGAAGUUUAAUUGUAGCAGUGCUAACUGUGAUCUUUUUUAUGUUUUGUUGAUGCUGUAUUUGUUUUUGUUUUCCGUCUCCCACUUUUCUCUGAUGAACUGCUGUUCAUCAUGUUCGGGUUUCAGUUGCCAUCACAGCGUCCUGGUUUGUGAUUGGCUGGGUUCUCCACAAGUUCAAUAUUUUAAUAUUUCACACUUGGGACCUGCAGAUCACAUGGCAAUUGGAGAUGACCUCCAUUCGACAUCUCUAUUAUGUGACUUAAAAUCCUGUAGUAUAAAUGAGACUUUAAAUGUAUGCUACCUGUUUAUAAAGCUUGUGGACACCCCCUAACUGGCCUAACAGCUGCUCAGCUUUUUGUUUUAGUGCAAGAAAGUCUUUCCCUUUAAGGGUUUCGCAUCUAACUCUACUAAUUUGUUCUUAAACUGUAUUGUUGAAUAAUAAUGGUGGUGUCAAAAAUAAGAAGUUAACAUUCCCUCUCAUGUAUCACACAUGUUGAUGUUGUACGAUAGCAAGAAGAUGAGACAUAGUACACUGGUUGACGUUUAACAAAGUGCAUGUCUGGAUUUAUUAAGAUCUGUGAUUGUACAUACUGUAAUUUUAUGGUGUUAAUGUAACUGGAAUUAUUUUGAAAUCAAACUAUAAAUGUAAUAUAAUUAAAGGCAAAUGAGUUGAA